AUGGCUACCUUGGACGUGGAGGCACUCCUCGACGCCACCGCGAAGGAUUCGGCCGAGCAGAAGAACAAGAGCCCCGUUGAGGAUAGAACGCGAGACGAGGCCCCUAGCCGCCGUGAUCGAGACCGAGAACGCGACCGUGGCCGUGAUCGAGAUGGAAGCAGAAGCCGCGACCAUGGCCGACGCAGGGACCGUAGAGACAGCCAGACUCGAAGUCGCAGAGGCACUCCUGAUGUAGGAACACCACGAAGCGACGCAGGCAGCCACAAGAGUAGGAGGAGAAGCCGAAGCCGCGAUGAUGAUCGCCGUCACUCACGCCGAAACAGAGACGGCGAUUAUUACAGAGGAGGGCGACGCUCACGAUCACGAUCACGCUCGCCCUACCGCCACUACCGCCCUCGCGACGACCGGGACCACCGUGACAGGCGAGACCGCGACCGACGCCCUCGUGAAUUUGGACGCGGCCGGGAUGAUGAUCGACGGGAGCCCAAGCGUGACGGCACGCCACAGCUUACGGAGGACGAGCGGGAUCGUCGCACUGUGUUUGUCCAGCAGCUUGCCGCUCGUCUGCGCACCCGUGAGCUGAAGGAGUUCUUUGAAAAGGUGGGACCUGUUAAUGAGGCCCAAAUUGUCAAAGAUCGUAUCAGCCAAAGAUCCAAGGGAGUGGGUUAUGUCGAAUUCAAAAACGAAGAAUCCGUUACCCAGGCCCUUCAACUUACUGGACAAAAACUCCUAGGAAUUCCUGUCAUCGUUCAGGUGACAGAGGCCGAGAAGAACCGCCAGGCUCGCAACCCUGAAGCGUCGGGACCCCAUCCCAACUCCAUCCCCUUCCACCGUCUCUACGUUGGCAACAUCCACUUCAACGUCACCGAGCAAGAUUUGCAAGCGGUUUUUGAGCCUUUUGGUGAGCUCGAGUUUGUCCAACUCCAAAAGGACGAGAAUGGCCGCAGCCGCGGCUAUGGCUUUGUCCAAUUCCGCGAUGCUGGUCAGGCACGAGAGGCGUUGGAGAAGAUGAACGGCUUUGACCUGGCUGGUCGUCCCAUCCGCGUCGGUCUCGGAAACGAUAAGUUUACCCCUGAGAGUACUGCCAACAUGCUGCAGAGAUUUUCCGGCCAGAACCAGUCCUUCCAGGGCUCGGCAUUUUCAGGUGCAGGUGGACGUGGCCCUCAAUCCUCGACAUUUGAUCGAGCUGGCGGCCGUGACAGUGAGAAGACUGGAGGUUCCAGCGCCCUGGACGACACGGAUGUGGCGGGAGUCAACUUUAACAACUAUAGUCGCGAUGCAUUGAUGAGGAAGCUUGCCAGAACCGACGAUACCAACACCAAUGGCAAUGACGAGCGACAGGUCCUGAAGCCCAAGAUGGAGACAAAACCCCUGCCUAUGAAUGUGAACAUGGCUAGUCGCUGUGUUGUUCUUCAUAACAUGUUUGACCCUGAAGAGGAAGAGGGUGACGAUUGGGUCAAGGAACUCGAGGACGAUGUUCGUCAAGAGGCCGAGAGUCGGUACGGACACGUUGUCCACAUCUCGGUUGACCCCAACUCAAAGGGCGAUAUCUAUCUCAAAUUUGACAAAGUCCAGGGCGGCGAGAAUGCCAUCAAGGGCCUCAACGGCCGGUACUUCGGCGGACGGAUGAUCGACGCGUCCCCUGUUGUAGAUGCCGUCUACAGCAGUUUGUUCUCUCGUACUCGGGCAAUCUGA